CACAGGAAGAGACUGUAUUGAGAGCUUAGGCACCUGAAGAAAAGGAGUUGUUCUUUCAUUGCUGGUUAAAAAGGCUUUUUGCCUUUUUUCCCCUUUUCUGUUGCCUUCACAAACAUGUCAGUGUCAGGGAAGAAAGAGUUUGAUGUGAAACAGAUCUUGAGGCUUCGCUGGAGGUGGUUUAGCCAUUCAUCGCAAGGCUCGGCAGGUAACGGAGGCUACAUCCAGCAGGAAGGUUUUGAGCACAGGGGCACUCCAGUUCAAAACCGGUUAAAGAGUCAUUCCCGGGAUAGGAGCGGACUUCGCAAGAGCAGCAGUCCCGUGCACAGCAUACUGGCACCAACCCUGGCCCCAACACCAGUCUGUGCUAGACCUGAUAAUCAAUCACGGAACCAGCAGAACAUCACAGAACAGUUGCAGGUGAAUGAUGGGCUGUCCAAAAUCAGCUCGCAAGAGAAUUCCGGGAAGGAAGAAUCCAAAAAUUGCAAAGAGGAUGUAAAUUCACCUGCUGAAUACCCUUUGGAGGAGGAGGCAAGGGAGAGGUUAUCAGUAAGCAGCUACUCUCACGCCACUAUGAACUCCAACUGUUCUGAUGAGUUUUUUCAAGCUAUGAAUCAUGCAGAGCAGACUUUUCGCAAGAUGGAGAACUACCUCCAACACAAGCAGCUGUGCGAUGUCCUCCUGAUUGCGGGAGAUCAUAAAAUCCCAGCACACAGGCUUGUUCUCAGUGCAGUCUCAGAUUAUUUUGCUGCAAUGUUCACUAACGACGUACGUGAGGCAAAACAAGAAGAGAUCAAAAUGGAGGGUGUGGAUCCAGAUGCUCUUAAAGCUCUUGUACAUUAUGCAUAUACUGGUGUACUGGAGCUGAAAGAGGAGACUAUUGAAAGCCUCCUUGCUGCAGCCUGCCUUCUUCAGCUUCCCCAAGUGAUUGAGGUGUGCUGCAAUUUUCUUAUGAAACAGCUGCAUCCCUCCAACUGCUUAGGAAUCCGAUCAUUUGCUGACGCACAGGGAUGCAUGGAUCUGCUAAAUGUGGCUCACAGUUAUACUAUGGAACACUUCUUGGAGGUAAUACAGAAUCAAGAGUUCCUCCUGCUCCCUGGUCCUGAGAUAGUUAAGCUUCUAGCAAGUGAUGAUAUCAAUGUGCCCGAUGAGGAGACUAUAUUCCAGGCUUUGAUGAUGUGGGUGAGACACGAUGUUCCAGCCAGGCAGCAGGAGUUGGGGCUUCUGCUUUCCUUCAUCAGAUUGCCGCUGCUGCCACCACAGCUCCUGGCUGACCUGGAAAACAGUAAAAUGUUUGCUGAUGAUCUGGAAUGUCAGAAACUGCUUAUGGAAGCAAUGAAGUACCAUCUGCUACCAGAGAGAAGACCCAUGCUGCAAAGCCCCAGAACUAAACCAAGGAAGUCCACUGUUGGAGCUUUGUAUGCAGUGGGAGGCAUGGAUGCUUCCAAGGGCGCCACUACAAUUGAAAAAUAUGAUCUCCGUACAAACACUUGGAUACAAGUGGGCACAAUGAAUGGCAGGCGGCUGCAGUUUGGAGUUGCAGUGAUUGACAACAAGCUGUAUGUUGUGGGAGGCAGAGAUGGACUGAAAACCUCUAACAUGGUUGAAUGCUACAACCCAGUAACCAAAGUGUGGUCUGUAAUGCCACCAAUGUCCACACACAGGCAUGGAUUAGGAAUUGCAGUUCUUGAAGGACCAAUGUACGCGGUUGGUGGACAUGAUGGAUGGAGUUAUCUAAACACAGUAGAAAGAUGGGACCCUCAGGCAAGACAGUGGAAUUAUGUUGCCAGCAUGACAACACCAAGAAGCACAGUGGGAGUAACAGCCCUCAACGGCAAAUUAUAUGCAGUUGGUGGACGGGAUGGCAGCUCUUGUUUAAGGUCAAUGGAGUGCUUUGACCCUCACACCAACAAGUGGAGUAUGUGUGCACCUAUGUCCAAACGAAGAGGAGGAGUCGGAGUUGAGACCUACAAUGGAUUUCUGUACGCAGUCGGCGGCCAUGAUGCUCCUGCUUCAAACCACUGCUCUCGUCUUUCAGACUGCGUGGAACGGUAUGAUCCAAAGACUGACACUUGGACAACAGUGGCCCAGUUAAGCAUUCCAAGGGAUGCAGUUGGUGUGUGCCUGCUUGGAGACAGACUAUAUGCAGUUGGUGGAUAUGAUGGACACACCUACCUGAACAGUGUUGAGUCAUAUGAUGCACAGGACAAUGAAUGGAACACGGAGGUGUCUCUCAACAUUGGAAGGGCUGGGGCCUGUGUUGUGGUUGUCAAACUUCCAUGAAGACGAAACCUUCUCUGAAACAAAAGGUCCUUUGUGCGACAAGAAAGCCUAAAGUCAUCUUUUCUGUAACCAAGCACAAAUGGUAUCUUUUGUGAUGGACUCCUGCUAAUUUGAGCCAUUACUUGAUUCAUAUGGACAGAAUCAAACAUGUGGAUUACAUUCCUAACAGGAAAAUUGAACAAUUGUGAGCAAAGAGAACGUGACCAAAUUAUACCUGUUUUAGUUCAUUUAAUUAUCUUUCAGUUAUUUAACUUGAAAAUGUAGACUAUACUGUGUCACCAGGAACACAUUUUAGAACAGUUGGCAAAACAUUGGCGAUAGGCUCAAGUUGUAUCAAAAAUUGUCCAACUUAUAUAUUUUUUGAAAAGCAGAAUACAUAUUUUUGAUCUUGAUUGAAUUAUAAGCAUACUUUGAUUAUUUGCUGCAGAUGUGUGCUCUUAACACCAUUUUGGAAUGCAAAUGUGUGGCUAAUAAUUCAAGAAACGUAAAAGUGUCAACACCAUAAAACUAAUGAGAAACUCACUAGUUUAAACCGAGGACUUGGAAGUCCAUUUAAUUUGGAGCAAAUAAACCACUUACAAAUUCUGGCCAAAAAUCUGACUGGCAAUUUUUGGUUAAGGCAGUUGAUAUGCUUCAUAAGACACAUUGAUUCUCCAAUGCCACAUACCUCUUUUUAUUAUGCUGUUUCCAUUAACAGUAUAUUUUAGAUCACAGCUGGUAAAGCUGAUGUAUGUGUUUUCAGUGUCUCUGUACUGUUAGCGGCUGUGAUUUUUUUCCAUAAAGUACAUAUUAAAUUAAGAACAUUUGAAAAGUUAGGCGCAAGAGGAGGCCAUUUGGCCCAUCAAUGCUUAUCCAAUUCCUAGCAGUCAGUUUUUAACUGUGGUUCUGAUUCUGGUUUCUGUUUCGCUUGACUUUGUGACUAGCAUUUACUUUGUUGACUCCUGACAGGAUUUUAAAGACUUUGGUUAGGUCUCCCCUAACCCUUGUAGCUAAAUAGAUUCAAUUCCCUAAACCUGUCUUCAGGAGUCCUAACCUUUAGCCCUCAGAAUUGUAUUGUUGCUCCAAAACAGCUGUGUCUUUUCUAGUGUGAGGACCAGAGCUGAAUGCAGUAUUCUGGUGAGACUGUCACCAGUGCAACCUUGUAACCUCCCUUGACUAGUCCAACAUUUUGACAAUAUGUUACGUUUGCCUCAUUAAUGGCUUCUCCACAUGGCCUCAAAUAAAAACGAUUGCUGCUUACAUUUUGUACACGUACUCUUACAAUGAGAUGACUGCACAAUUCCUCUUUCAGUGCAUGUUUUUUUGCAGAUGCAGCAGUAUUAUUAAACAGUGAGUUAACCAUUUGUGAUUCAUCAAAUUGUGAAAUAGAGGGAUCACUGCAGCUAGUAAAUUCGUAUUACUGUAAACUGUAAAGAAGCUUAUUCAAAUGUAUUUACCAUAAAUGUUACAUUUUCACAUCUCUCUUGAGAACACAAGACAUUAUUCCACAUACUUUAAAUCAGUUAUUGUAAUAUAAUUUAUCAUGCUACUAACACCUCAUUUGCAUAACUAAUAAAACCUAGGUCUUAAAUACCAUAUAUCCACUUAUAAUUAAAUGCUUCACCCAUACCCAUUUCUUAUUCUAUGCUUUUCUAUGUCAUUGUCAUCAACUUAAGUCAGACAGAUAGCUCCAAUUGCUACUGACAGACAUACUUGUAUACUUUGUUUAUUAUAAUAUUUACAAUUUAAAACAUUUUGUGGAUAGUGAAUGACUUCCUCUUUGACACUAACAGACACAAGUCAUAUUUUAUCACAGUAGUAGAUUUGUACCUUGUCAGUGCUGCUGUGUGCAUUUUAAAGGAAAACAGUUGUGUGUUUAUAUAAAUAACAAUGCUUUCAAAGACACUGUGAAUAUCUUUUUUAGUGAUAUGAGAGAAGAGAUUCAAAUUUCGUUUUAUUAAUGCACAGAAAAAGCCAAAUGUGUUAGAUUUUGAAGAAGAGCACUUGAAAACAAACAAACAAAUGUGUUUAAGGUAAUGAUAUAUAACACAAUAGGAUACUUUGUAAACCUUAUAAAUAAUUGUAUAUAGCAACAUUGAAGCUACAGUGAGUCAUGGACACAUUAUAUUAAGCUGUUUUCAAGUUAAAGGUGACACAUUUGUUAGCUCAAUUACACCAAAGUCAGUAGUAUAUAAUUUUUUGUACACACUUAGUUAAACUUUUAUAUAUCAUAUUGAUAUUGUACAGUUAUGUACAUUUUUAUCUUAGUCUGCUAACAACUACAAUCAUGUAUGUAAUCUCUCUCCUAAACAUCUUGAAACGUAUGCGUGUACUAUAUAAUGUGAUUCUUUAGUUAUGAUAUGGCGGUUUACAUUUGCUUUCCUCUAUCAUUUCGCUAUUUAUCUUAUUGAAUGAUACUGCUUGUCACUGGGGAAAAAAAGAAAACAGUAAAGGUUAAUAUAAUUUUUAUUAUACCUAUUAUGUGCCAAUGUUGUACUUUUAGUGCCAGCAUUAAAACCUGUCUGUACACAAAAUAAGGGGGGGGGGGACUGGAAAUGAUAGGUACUGUUGAUUUAACUGGAAUGUUCAGUACAAUAUAUCUGGUUCUGGUCCUAGUCCUAAAGCUGCCAGUUUGAUAAUGAACACAUAUGUUUUUAACUUUAAGUUAGAACCAGGCUGCAGACUGAGGGUCUUAUCACCUGGAAGAGGCAUUUACGAAAUAAAGAUGAUUUAAAAACUGCUGAACAGUUUUAAUUAUAUUAAGAGUUUUUGUAUGGCAUGCAAUUCGACAAAUAAAAUGAUUUAUUCUCUAGAAUGCA